GCCACACCAAUCUCAAUCUCCGAUCUGUUUCCCCUCCCACUGAUUCGUAAUCGUUUCUCUCUGCCCUGUGAGAUGGCCAGGACGAAGCAGACGGCACGGAAGUCCACGGGCGGCAAGGCGCCGCGGAAGCAACUGGCGACGAAGGCGGCGAGGAAGUCCGCCCCCGCAACCGGCGGCGUAAAAAAGCCCCACCGUUUCCGCCCCGGGACGGUGGCGCUGAGGGAGAUCCGCAAGUACCAGAAGAGCACGGAGCUGCUCAUCCGGAAGUUGCCCUUUCAACGCCUUGUCCGCGAGAUCGCGCAGGACUUCAAGACCGAUCUCCGCUUCCAGAGCUCCGCCGUCGCGGCCCUCCAGGAGGCGGCCGAGGCCUACCUCGUCGGUCUCUUCGAGGACACCAACCUCUGCGCCAUCCACGCCAAGAGGGUCACCAUCAUGCCCAAGGACAUUCAGCUCGCCCGUCGGAUCCGCGGUGAGAGGGCAUGAUCACCGUCCGAUCAUUUGUGUUUGGAGUCCUCGAACCUGUCUUGGUGUGUUUGGUGUAUCUUUGGAAAGUUAUCAUUGGUAAUUAAUGGAUCGGUCUUUUAUGAUAUAA